CUGAAGUACAGUUCGCAGGCAAGCGCGAGCGACUGCAAAGGACGUUGCCAGCUGUUUGGCAGGCCAUUACCGGCCGCGCCGGCCAGCCAGUAUGAAUUUCAGCUCAUAGCUCCUCGCACUCACUGCUUGCAUGAAUGAAGGAAGUGGCCGCAGCUGAGCUGUGCCGUCUUGCGUGACCCGAAGAACGUUUGAUUGUUUCAGUCUUAUGAAGAGCCAUUAUCUUCGUACACUUUUUUCCAUUUCAAAACAUAUGCUCAGCAGAACUCGGUAAAAGUUGCCUUGUGAUCGGAUCGCGGCACGAAGAUUCAUUCAUUCCACCACCUCGACAUGGGACCCGAACUAGUCGGCUGCGGCUGAUACUUGGAUGGGACAGUAUUCGGAUUAUAUAUGUCAGAUAAUUUCCUCUUCUCGUGCUAUGCACAUCCGCAUUCGUUCAUGCAAGCCAUCCAUCCUCCAUCUCACCGCGUCGAAAUACCACACUCCCUCUCAACAACUUUACCGCCGUCAACCUUUCUUCACAGAGCGCCAUGAGAGAAUUCCGGUGAACAUCUCACGACGACAAAAAAAACACAAUCAAAGCAUAAGCGGAAAAUCAGCUUGCGCUGGGUAUCUUACAACUGGAUGUUGCACUCUCCGAAUGAUACAACUCUUCCAAACGUCAAUCCCAAGAAGGCAAAGAAGGGGGCUACCAAAACAGCAAAGUGCAGGUGAAAAUCAUAAUUUCGAAGGAUUCGUUCGGGAUUUACCCAACAGACACACAAUAGCUGCUCUUCUGGACUACUACACUUGUCUCGCUUUUUCUUUUACAACAACGAAACAACGAAACCUUUUCUCUCCCCGCAAAACAAAAUCCAAUACAGAUCAGACACCGCCGCCGCCACCCAAGCGCACACUAAACCACACGGUAUUUGUGACUUUCAGUCAGAAUUGACAUAAUUGGGGGAUAUCAGAGACAAUGAUGCUUUCAACCAAACGACACAAAAUACAAAAACAAAAAAAAAACAAAAAAAAGGAAGAAAAACGAGCCUCCUAAC